GCGGGUCCCAGCCGCGCCCGCCCUUCCCCACGUGGAUCCCGGACCCCGCGCUCCUUGGAGCGACCCGGGGCACGAGUCUGCGGGCGGCUGCGAUUGGAUCCCCCGCUCCGGCCCGGCAUGAACCGCUACAUUCUGCCGCUGUCCGUGCUGGGCACAGCGGUGGGGGGCGCCGUGCUGCUCAAGGACUAUGUCGUUGGCGGGGCUUGUCCCAGCAAGGCCACCAUUCCCGGGAAGACUGUUGUUGUGACGGGUGCCAACACGGGCAUCGGGAAGCAGACCGCCUUGGAGCUGGCCAAGAGAGGAGGAAACAUCAUUCUGGCCUGUCGAGACAUGGAGAAGUGUGAGGCGGCAGCAAAAGACAUUCGCGGGGAGACCCUCAAUCACCAUGUCAACGCCCGGCACCUGGACUUGGCCUCCCUUAAGUCCAUCCGAGAGUUUGCAAGGAAGAUCACUGAAGAGGAGGAACACGUGCACAUCCUGAUCAACAACGCGGCCGUGAUGCGGUGCCCUCACUGGACCACUGAGGACGGCUUCGAGAUGCAGCUUGGCGUUAACUACCUGGGCCAUUUUCUUCUGACACACUUGCUGUUGGACAAGCUGAAAGCCUCUGCCCCUUCGCGGAUCAUCAACCUCUCGUCCUUGGCCCAUGUUGCUGGGCACAUAGACUUCGAGGACUUGAACUGGGAGAAGAGGAAGUAUGACACUAAGGCAGCCUACUGCCAGAGUAAGCUGGCCCUUGUCCUCUUCACCAAGGAGCUGAGCCGGCGGCUGCAAGGCACAGGCGUGACUGUCAAUGCCUUGCACCCCGGCGUGGCCAGGACAGAGCUGGGCAGACACACGGGCAUGCACAGCUCUGCCUUCUCCAGCUUCAUGCUCGGGCCCGUCUUCUGGAUGCUGGUCAAGAGCCCCCAGCUGGCGGCCCAGCCCAGCACCUACCUGGCCGUGGCCGAGGAACUGGAGGGUGUUUCUGGAAAGUACUUUGAUGGACUCAAAGAGAGGGCUCCGGCCCCCGAGGCUGAAGAUGAAGAGGUGGCCCAGAGGCUUUGGGCUGAAAGUGCCCGCCUGGUGGGCCUGGAGAUCUCCUCUGGAGCCUCUGAGAAGGGCCAGCCCCUCCGCAAAUAACCUCUGGGAGCUGGCGUGAAAGCCACUGAGGAGGCAGAGUCGCAGGGAUGGAGCAGCGACAAAACAAGCUGGCCGCCAUGCCAGCAGCAGCCUCUAGGCGGCAGUAUCGGCUCUCCUGGCCACAGCGGACUGAAUUGCAGAUGGGCACCUGACCCAGGGAAUGGCUGGUGCCUUGCGCCCUGCUGCCAGCAGGUGAGCUGGGCCAUCAGAUGCCUUCCCUGGGGCUGUAAACUGGCAACGGUGGAGGGCGGAGUCAGCUCGGCUGGUGUGGGCCAUGCCGGGGACCCUGUGGUGUGUGGUGGGCAAGUUACCCGACUGAUGCCCUGGAGUUCACGGGUCCCCAUGGGACCUUGCACACCUCCAGUCUGCUCUCCAAAUGUAAAAUGCGCAGAAUAACUCGACUACCUCAUUGGAUGGCGCGUGGUGACGGGUGAUAGCCUGGCUCGGGGAAUGGCAGCUGUGCGUUCUUGGCCCGUGGACGUUUGCUGCGGGCCGCCCGUGUGCCAGACCCUGGCGAGGCGCCCCGCCGGGAACCGGCCGACACAGGUCUGCGCUGUUAGCUCCGAGCCACGCUGGGGACAGCGCGGGGUGAGGAACCACCGAGGAACCCGGAAGCCUGUGAUCACGAUCCCCUCUCCAGUUCCCUCGGUGAUGGAAACCGGAGGCGCAGACCUGCUCUUUAAUGACAAAAGUUUUAAAAAUGCGGCUGAGUCGUAGGUUUCAUUGUCUUCGUCUGUGUGUGUGAGGGGGAGCGCCGACGAGCCGAACAGGAGAACUGGAAGAGCUCCUGUAUCUAUUGCCUUCAGGGGGCCAGGCCAUCAGUUUAAGUGUCAGCGGGGCAAUAAUCAAAUUGAAGUUCAGACUUUUCGAGAUGAAAGGUGUCCUCCCCCCUUUCCCGUGGCACCCGUCCCUGAAGUCUGCGUGUCUCCUGUGUUGGAAUCGGGGCUGGCCCUCAGCUCGGGCACAGACGUAACAUUGUAAACUGAUCAUACUUCAGUAAAAAUAUAUUUAAAAAAUAGAAUUCAGGGGGCAGCCACAAAGCUAAGUCAUCAAGACAUGAUGCGGGGGGAUGAAAGGCGCCUGCUCUGUAAACACAGUGAGUCUUCCUUCUGUUACCACCUCAGAGGAGGACGGCCAAAGGACAUGCUGAGGGUGGCUUGACCCUGAGGGUGGCAGCUCCCGACUUGGACCCCACCUCCCCCCGUUCGUGCCCUGUGUCUUCUAACCCCCUGAAUUGGGGCUGGACCUCGUGGGUGACCUACUUCUAACAAACAGAACAGCACAAAGGUGAGAGCUCCCGUGAUUAGGUUACAAAAGACGGACGUCUGUAUCACUGGCUCUCCCCGCUCCCUGCCGUCCCCGCUCAGUGCUGAGCCGGCCGCCAGUGCGUGGCCAGGAACAGCCACACAGGAACUGAGGCCUGAGCCCAACAACUGGGAGAAACUGCGCCAUGCCAAUAACUGUGUAGGCGAGCCCGCCCUGUUCUGUGGGUUAGAAGCAAGCUGCAGAUCCGGUCACACAGAAAAGGAAGGGACUGUUGCAAGGGUUUGACUCUCAGGAGGUGGGACUCAUGGGGGAGCCACCCGGACAGCAUGUCCAUCACAAGGAUAUAUGUGUACUCCUGGGAGUCAGGGCGCACCCUCAAAACCCCUGGCUCUCUAAAUACACGUAUAGGAUUCAA